UUGCUUCUGCGCGCUGCUGGAAAGGGCUCGAUCGCCACCUGCAGCACGAGGGCGUCCGUUGGCGUGGGCGUGGAGAAGUCGGAGGGAGCCUGUCCUUUGCAUGACCGCCUGGACCUGUAUAUAUACAGCACAUAAAUGACCGCCCGCGCGCUGUGGGUAAGUGUUUCCUCUCCUCUUCCUGCUUCUCGUCUCCUUUUCUUCGGUUGCCUUUAUGCUGCCAACGAGAUCGUUGCUUUUGCCCAGCUUUUCUUUUUCCUCCUUGCUUAUCUCGUUUGGGACUUUGCUAGAGUGGCCGUGUUCCAGAUCGAUUUCCCCCAAGCUGACUCGAGACACCCAUGGCCAGAAUCUAGGCAGCACCUCCCAGAGACCAGCAUAGCUCCGAACGGGCUGGGCCCUUUUCCUCCUUUCCACACCAUAGCUUCUUCCUCUCCGGUACAAUAAAUACAGAGAAUAGCUUUUUCAGACGCGAACUCUUCGUGACAACGCAGACCGCCGCCAUGGAGCGUCCCGACCUACAGCGGGUCAAGUCAGAGCCCGUCAACCUACCGCAGUCACAGUCCGCUCCUAUUUCGAGCAAUGUCGAGACAGUUGUUGUUGCGCAGGAGGAGCCUCCGGCUACAACUCCAGAGGGUGGACGGAGCCCCCUGGCACUCAGUCCACUCUCUCGCAUCUCGUCAGAGGGGAGCAGCUCCUAUCAAGAGGACUGGGAGCCGCUUACACCAGUCGAGAGAGUGACCGUGCUCGACUUGCUCGGCAACCUGGCCAUAUCACAGAAGCUGGAGAAGUGGCAGGCCUCGCUCAACGCGCAGAAGGAGAGGGUCAAGCGUCAUCAGGAGAAGUUUAAAUCAACCAGCCAGCAGGCUCGCCAGAGAGUCGUGGGUGAAUUCAGAAAGAGAAUGCCUUCUUCGGAAGAGCAGCUGCAGAAAUACCGAAAGCGGAUGAAGAGCUCGGUCGAACGACUUGCUAUCCGCUGGAACGAUACCGUCACUGUCACUGCUAUAGAAAAGAUUUCGUUUAUUGCUGGUGUGCUCAACGUAUUCAUCAGUGGCUACCUGCUCGGAGCGUUCCCUACCUACUUUUACCUCUGGUUCACCGGCCAGCUUAUCUACUUUAUGCCCCAACGAUACUAUAGAUACUGCAAGAUCGGUUACCAUUACUUCCUUGCUGAUCUGUGUUACUUUGUCAACCUCCUCACCAUCCUUAGCAUGUGGGUGUUCCCCAACUCCAAACGGCUCUUUUUGAGUACGUGGUGUCUGGCAUACGGAAAUAACGCCGUGGCUAUUGCCAUGUGGAGAAACUCGAUGGUUUUUCACAGCAUAGACAAAGUUGUCAGCUUGUUCAUCCAUAUUAUGCCGCCGGUGACCCUGCACUGUCUAGUGCAUCUUACACCCCCAGAGAUACUAGAAACAAGAUUCCCGGCGGUGUAUCGGAUCAAGUUUAGCGCCCCGGGCUCUCCCGAACACUACACACUGGGAGCCAUGAUGAUCUGGGCGUCUGUUCCCUACGCCAUCUGGCAGCUGAGCUACCACUUUUUCAUCACUGUGCGCCAGAGAGAUAAGAUUGCUGCCGGCCGCCCAACUAGUUUCACCUGGCUGCGUCGAUCCUAUGCUAAAACGUGGAUCGGCAAAUUCGUGCUUCAUCUCUCCCUGCCACUGCAAGAACCGGCCUUCAUGAUGAUCCAGUAUAUAUACGCCAUCCUCACGAUUGUCCCCUGUCCGCUCUGGUUCUGGUACCAGUGGGCAAGCAGUGCCUUCUUAACUAUCAUGUUCAUCUGGAGUAUCUACAACGGAGCCACAUUCUACAUCGACGUGUUCGGAAAGCGGUUCCAGAAGGAGCUCGAGCAAUUGAAGAGAGACGUGGCCAAGUGGCAGAUGUCUCCUGAAGCUCUCACGGCCGUGGCUGACCCCCAGGAUCCUGAUGGAAUAAAGGCUGCCUCUCUCACCGGCGUGGUCAUGACAACCCCCAAGCAGCCCUAUGUCGAACCAAGCCAACUCAUCACCAAUCUUGAUCUCAACGCAAAUUCCAAAGCCGCCUCUACCGGCGCCUUGGUCGAUGAACCUGCCUCUCAUAAUACUACAAAUAGACGACCCAAGGAUGCCUCUGUCUAGCGUUCUUUUUAACAUGCGUUGUUAUUUUUGUACUCCCUCCCCUGUCGACGAUUUCAUCUUAUGUCCUGCUUCCUUUUGUUAGUGAUGCCUCUACUAUGUUUGCAGAGUCCUAGGAUGUACAUAUAUACCCCCCUGUUGAUCGUUGAUGUCCUCUUGGAUCAUGACUAAUUUUUUGUCCGCACAUCUAAUCCUAAUACUACCCACCACAGCGAAAAAUCACUCCUUACGCCCCCUUCUAUCACUGGUCGCUGUCUCUGUAAAAUUCAACCCUUUCGUACCUAAAUAACGUUAAGAUGCCUUCAGCCGUCCAUG